GAGACUCUCUUUUUUACCUCGGAGCUUUGUCUGCCAUGGAGAGGCUUCUGCAACCACCGUCUUCCUCCACGGUUUCCUCUCCCAAAUUCCCGUCGAGGGCUUCUUCUCCUUCCCUUCCUCGUCUCCGCUCGUCGAGUCUCGGCUUCGUCUCUACUUACCGCCCCAAGUCACGCCGAGUCAGCUCAAUUUCCUGUGAGAGUUUCCAGAACCAAUCGGCUAAGGGAUCUAAUCUAGCUAUCAAUUCAUUGAGUGGGCCUCUCUCUUCGUCUCCCGGAGCUGGAGAAUUGAAACCUAAUCCUGGAUCUCUGCAAAGGAUUGUGGAGGCAGUUUCUGAGAAACGAAAGACGUUAUCUACUGGAACGGUUAUAUUUAUCUCUGCAGUAGCUGCGCUUCUGCUUAACCCUCUCCUAGCACCACCAGCUUUCGCCAGCUUCCAAACUGCUGCUAAAACCGGAUGGCUAACAAGUGCCUGGACUGGUUUCCUUGCCGGUUGCUUACAUACUCUCUCAGGACCUGAUCACCUCGCUGCUCUAGCUCCGCUUUCAAUCGGACGCACGAGAAUGGAGAGUGCUGCUGUUGGAGCUCUCUGGGGAUGUGGGCACGACGCUGGUCAAGUCAUCUUCGGUUUACUCUUUCUGCUACUCAAAGACCGGCUCCACAUCGAGGUGUUGCAGACUUGGGGUACAAGAAUCGUGGGGUUGACGCUCGUCAUCAUCGGUGUUAUGGGAAUCAAAGAAGCUUCGGAAGCUCCAGAGCCUUGUGUGGCCUUGGAAACAGACAUGAGCGGCAUGGUGCCAGCAGAGAAAGAAGCCUUGUCGCCGCCUAAAAAGAAGAAAAUAGGGUUUGCUACGUUUGCAACUGGAGUGGUUCAUGGGUUACAACCAGAUGCGUUGAUGAUUGUUUUGCCUGCGUUAGCUCUGCCGUCUCGGUUAGCCGGGUCUGCUUUUCUGUUAAUGUUUCUGGUUGGAACGGUUGUGGCGAUGGGAAGCUACACAGCGUUUAUAGGGUCUUGUAGUGAGGCAUUAAAAGAAAAGGUGCCAAGAAUCACAGAGAAGCUAACUUGGAUUUCGUCUCUGGUUGCUAUUGGUCUUGGAUUGGGAAUUGUCAUCAGCCCUUUCUUUGGGUUUAGCCUCUACUGAGAAAGUUUAAGCUUCAAAAAGUGAGACGAGUUGAAAUAUUUGUAGCUCUACAAGUUUUUGGUCGGUCCAUUCAAUCUACUAGUUGCUUGUACGAACAAAGUAUCUUGCCUUUGAACUCUGCUCAGAGAAGACUAUUUCAUGAUUAUUUUUCUACUUUUAAGACAAGUUUGAUUUUUGGUUUGUAUUAUCAAACAAGUGGAUGCAAGUGUAGUAACCUUUUUUCUCUCUUUAUUAUCAAUUAACAAUGUAUUAUUUUCUCUUAUUAUCAUGUGUUAC